AUGGAGGACCAGGAUGCAGCAUUUAUCAAACAGGCCACAGAAGCAAUAGUGGAUGUAUCAUUAAAUGUUGAUAACAUAGAUCCCAUAAUAAAAGAGUUAUUGGAAAGAGUAAGAAAUAGGCAAAACACGUCACAAAAUAAAAAACCGUCACUCAUACAGGCAGAAAAUGGAGUUAACAUUAAUAGUCAAAAUGGUAACAUGAACGUUAAAAAGGAAAACGAAUUACAAAAACCGCCGAAGCCCAGCAAAAGCAAAUCUCAAGACCGUCGAAAUAGCACUGGUGAAAAAAGAUUCAAAUGUGCGAAAUGUUUGUUGGAAUUUUCAAGAUCAUCUGAUUUGAGAAGGCACGAAAAGACACACUUCGCCAUACUGCCCAACAUUUGUCCUCAAUGUGGCAAAGGUUUUGCAAGGAAAGACGCAUUAAAAAGACAUUAUGAUACAUUGACAUGUAGAAGAAACAGGACUAAAUUACUAACUGCAGGUGGUGAAGGUAUCAAUGAAUUACUGAAAAAGGUCAAGCAAUCCAACAUCGUUCAUCGUCAAGAUAACAACCAAAAUAGUAGCAGUAAUGGCUGA